ACAAAUCGCUUGGAGGAUGCUUGAAGCGUCCCACCAAAAUUUGUUUCUGAAUUUUAAACGCUUCAACUGUUUUUUUUUUUUUGUGAAAUUAACGGUAACACUAGAUAAAGUGUUUCAAAAAUGUUCGAAGUUUGCUGCCGCCUGUGCUUGGAGCAGGUUCCGUUGAGCCGCGUCCAAUCGCUGUACGACAAGCACCAGGACUACACAAUAAGGGACAAAAUCACGGAACUCUUUCAAAUAGAGUUUUCAGACACCGAGAAGCUCUCCACCGUCUGCAAUGCCUGCCUCGAGAAGGUCGAAACGGCCAGCAAAAUACGAUCCUUUUUCAUCGCGGCGAACGAUCGUUUCCGGCGAAUUAUGCUGGGCUGUGAAGAUAAGAAGGAAAGCAAGGAGCCCAAAAAGGACGAAGAUUCUUUGGUGGUGAAAAGCGUGGCCGAUACGGACGAUGGCGAUCCGGAGGAUGUUAAAAUGGAACCCAGCGAGUCGGCUGAGAAAAUUGAUACAGUCGCUGAGUCGGAACCGGUUCCGAGCGAUCAGGAGGAAGAGGAAGAACAUCUGGUUAUGUUGGAGGAAGUCGCGGAAGAAGAUUCACCUGAUAUGAGUGUCAGCAUUUACGACGGAAGCGAAGAAACCGGUUCAGAGCACAAACCCGAUGAGGAGGAUGAAUUUGAGUUACAUGAGAUGGAACAGGAGGACGGAGAGGACGCUGUUGAAGUUUUGUCGGAAGUUUUUUCAUCGGAACAGGGUUGCGAUUUGGAAGAGGAAGAACAGCGUUCGAGCAAUGAAGUUGUGGAAUUGGAUGAAGUUAUCAAGAGGACGGUCUCGAUUGGGGCUCCAGGCGAUGAGGAGUUUAGCGUCGUCAUGAUUGAGUACCAAUGUAACGUGUGCAAUGAGGUAUUUGAGGACAGAGUCUCCCUUAUUCGGCACACAAAUGGAACUCACAUCAAAGAGUAUUCGAAGAACUGUCGUCACUGUUUGAGCGUUUUCAGAACUGACGAGGAAUUAAAGGAACACGAUUGCAUCGUAAAACCACGUCUUUUCAAAUGCUCCAAAUGCAACCGGAGCUUCCAAAGCGUUAAAGAACUUCAAGAUCACACAAAGAUCUCCCAUCGGAUCUACGAGAUUCCUAUCACCAAGCCUCAACCCCAGGCCCGUCGAAGCAAUACCUUGAAUCAAUGUUCCCACUGUCCAAAAUCAUUCGCCAACAACCGGACGCUGGUGCGGCACGUUCAAGACGUUCACCCGGAAACAAUUCAAACAAUUCUCACCUGCCAGCGUUGCGAGCAGCAAUUCGCCAACGAAGCUUCUCUCCAAGCGCACAUGGCGGCGCACGAGAAAAACUACGAGUGUCGAUUCUGCGGGAAGGUUUGUCCGACGUCCGUUGCCCUGGCCGGUCACGAAAAUACCCACACCAAAGAUCAACCCUUUCAGUGUAACGAAUGUGGGCGUAACUUUGCGCAGUACACCAGUAUGCGACGCCACAUGAAGAUUCAUUUCAAUGAGAAAAAGUACAGUUGUGAUCUGUGCCCGAAGCUGUUCCGGCAACGGUCUGUUAUGCUUACUCACAGGCGCAUUCAUACGGGUGAAAAGCCGUUCGAGUGUGGAGUUUGCAAGAAGAGCUUCCGCGAUCACAGCACGCUGGCCAAACACAGGAGGGUUCACGAAAAGGACGGUCCAAAGCGGAGGAAAUCGUAGAUCGAUUGUAAUUGAGUUUCAUGAAUUGUGAGAAAUAAACCAUUAAUUUGUAAAUAAAAAGAAAAAAAA